AUGUGGAUGGUUCUAGAAGGACUGCCACUAGUCUUAUUGGAGCAGGAGGUGUCCUCCGUGAUUCCUAAGGUGACUGGAUUGCUGCUUGCUGUUGAGAAAGGUAUUUCCAACCUUGCUAUAGAGAUGGAUGCUGCUUUGCUAUUUCUCUCAUCCAGCAAGUAUAUUUCUUGCAAUGUCAUCCACUUGCUGCCUUGGUGCAUAGUUGCUGUAGUCACUUGA